AUGACUGGUACUUCUGAAGAAAUAGGAAUAGUGGAUGUGACUAUCAGAAAUGUUGAACUCGCUGAUCAGAGUGAGUUGAUCUCUCAGUUAAUGCAACGAAUUGCAGACAUGCAGGAAGAGCUUCAACAGACCAAAGAUCUGGCCAAACUGGCCAUUGCAUCGAAUGAACCCCCCCUUGAAACUAGAAGACCGCCUCCUCCUUUUCCAUCACUAAGUUCCCCAUUACCCAAUCAUUUCCCUACCCAUACCACAGGACCAAUCACUUCCACCCCUAAUCCUCAUACCAUUGAUUUAACUGUAUCCAAUGCUCCUUACGCCAGCACUUCCUACCAAACACCACCACCAUUACCAAAUCAGAACCAACCUGUAUACCCUUCCGUAACAUUCCAAACUCCACCAGCCUAUACAAUCCCUGAACCAUGUCCUAGCUUUCCCGUUCAGCCGGAGCUGGAUCACUAUGAAGAAAUGGAGAAGGAGUGGAGGUUGAGAGAAGAAAAACGUGAACAAGAAAUGAAUAUCAUGAAGGAUGCCAUCUCCGAGGCAGUAAAAAGUGUCCAAUCUUCGAGGAAGAUAACAGGACUUGAGUAUGAGGACCUUUGCAUGCACCCUGACUUGGAAAUACCCGAAGGUUACAAAAUUCCAAUAUUUGAAACCUUCAAUGGUAUUGGGAACCCUAUGGCUCACCUACGAGCUUAUUGUGAUAAACUCGUGGGUAUCGGGAAAAAUGAUGCAUUGAUUAUGAGGUUGUUUAGUCGAAGCCUCAGCGGGGAGGCGUUAGAAUGGUUCACAUCUCAAGAACUCCGUCAGUGGUCUACAUGGGGGGCUCUGGCCAAAGAUUUCUUGGAGAGAUUCCAGUUUAAUGUCGAAGCUGUCCCUGACAGAUAUUAUUUGGAAAAAAUCAAGCAAAAGUCCACGGAGGACUAUCGUGAAUAUGCGUGCCGCUGGAGGAAAGAAGCUGCAAAGGUACAACCCGUGAUGACCGAAAAUGAAAUAACCUCUGCUUUUAUUCGAGCUCAGGAGCCCGAGUAUUAUGAAAGGAUGUUGCCUAUGAUGGGACAGAAGUUUUCGGAGCUGAUCAGAAUGGGAGAGGCAAUAGAAGAUGGCCUCAAGUCUGGAAAGGUUACAAGUCUCACUGCCUUGCAUGCCGCCAACAAAUCCUCACCAUCCAUGGCCACAGGAUUCGCUAGGAAAAAGAAAGAGGACGUGUCUGCUGUAUCUUUUAGCCCGAGGCCAAGGCCGCAAGGGUAUUUUGGGUCUGGUUCUGCCUUUGGAAACUCCAACCGAUUCCCCACCUCAAAUAUUUACCCAUCAUCUCCACAAGCUCCAAUCCCAAUCUACUAUGCACAACAGAACUACCAAGCACCACCGCCCAUCUACCAAAAUCAACCACUAACCUACCAAAAUAUACUACCAAAUCACCAAGCCAAUGCACCAGUCUACCAAAAUCCCGGACAAAACAACCCAAAUGCCAACAAUCUUCCCCGCCUAACCUCGAAGAAAGCCUCCCAGAGAUUGAUCCAACCAGUAGACGCAAGGGCAAUUAAUCCCACAACAAAGUUCUUCCGAGCAGAUCAACGUUGUGCGUACCAUUCUGGAGGGGCAGGACAUGAUACAGAAGGAUGUAUCAAUCUGAAACAUAAGAUUCAAGACUUGAUCGAUAACAGGGUCAUCACUCUCCAAGCCCCUGCCCCCAAUGUGAACCUUAACCCAUUGCCAAUCAUGGAGGAGCUACCAUCAACAUGA